AUGUACAGACAUGUGGAGAAACUAGCACAAGAGAUUAGGAAAGGUGCUGCUUCUGUCAGUACUCUCUUACUGGCUUUUCUAUGGAGCAUAUCUGACAAUGGCAGAAUAGGAGGUGAAGUACCAGGGACGCUCCAAGAAGAUCUGCUCUCUAAAAUGAGUGCACCACCAAAGAGUGACGCUCCUCUUAUCACCUUCAACGACCUUGCCGAGGCUGAUGCGUUUGUCUUUGGCUUCCCAACAAGGUUCAGUAUGAUGGCUGCUCAGUUCAAGGCAUUCUUAGGUGCAACUGGUGGCCUAUGGAGGACUCAACAACUUGCUGUAAGCCAGCCAGAAUAUUCUAGAGCACCAGGGUCUCAAGGUGCUGGUCAAGAAACCACCGCGCAUGUUUCUUUUCCAAAUUAA